UUGCCAUAAUAACAACUUCCGGGGUAGAUUUUCGCUCCACGGGAGAAAUGACAGCAGAAGCAGUCUUAAUAAAAUAGUUUAACUUACAUUGACCAACAUCGUUAUUUGCCGAAUAUAAAUGUUUGUAUUCUGUUCCUAUUAAAAUAUUUUUUUCAAUCUUGAUAAAAUGGUGUUUUACUUCACAAGUGCCGUGGUGAAACCGGCUUGCACUAUUUAUAUGGGGAAAGACAAGUAUGAAAAUGAAGAUCUCAUCAAGUAUGGCUGGCCGGAGGACAUUUGGUUCCAUGUGGACAAACUGUCCUCAGCUCACGUUUAUCUCCGCUUGCCAAAGGGUCACACCAUAAAUGACAUUCCCCCUGAGGUGUUGGUAGACUGUGCACAGCUGGUGAAAAACAACAGCAUUCAAGGCUGCAAGAUGAACAACAUCAACGUUGUUUACACGCCGUGGGCCAACCUAAAGAAAACAGGAGACAUGGAUGUCGGACAGAUCGGCUUCCAUCGACAGAAGGAGGUAAAGACAGUAGCGGUGGAGAAAAAGGUCAAUGAGAUCGUGAAUCGGCUGGAGAAAACCAAAGAUGAGCGCUACCCAGACCUGGCGGCAGAGAAGGAGUCGCGAGACCGUGAGGAAAGAAACGAGAAGAAAGCUCAGCUGCAAGAGAACAAGAGACAUGAGAAGGAGGAGCAGAAGAAGAAAAAGGAGAUGGAGGAUCUCAAGAACUACACGUCAUUGAUGAAGAGUGAAAACAUGAAGACCAAUGAGGACGGUUAUGAGUCAGAUGACUUCAUGUGAGCCGCUCCACUUGCCUGCCGGGACGCUCUCCUGCCGGCUGCUUCCACUCGCUAACAACAGCAUAGCUUUGACAUUAAGACUUAAAAAAAGGGACUAAUGGAGCAUUGAGCAUGUCAGUGAAAGACAGAAUCAGGACUUUCACCCUCUCCCUCAUCCUUUGUGACGGCUAGAUCGGGUGCUGCUUUCCGACUAACUCAAGGAAGAACAUAUACAGUCCAUGUUGACAUUUAUUUUGGGGGGAUGUGAUCUGUAUAUGAUUAAUGAUGUCAAACAAACCUUUCCCACAAGGUAUUUUGCAUGUUCAAAAACAUAAAUUAAAUGUACAAUCAUUUAGGUGAAGUAUUGUUUGAAAUUAAAUCACAUUCACAAAGAUUGAUUUUGUUUAACUGAUAAGAAUAGAUAAAAAAAGAAUCAUGGCAGAACUUCAUUUGAUUAGUGUCAAUAAUACCGUUUUUAUUAAACAUGUUAUGAAUACA